UCAGCCCAGAGCCACUUAUCCGCCGGCUUCGCACAAGGCGUUCCUCGGCGCCGGCAAGCCGAAAAACGACGAGUGGUGGAAAGCCCUCAGCACCCAGCUUCGCCUGAUGAACUACACGCAAACCGAGACGCGCCACGGCGCCAUAUGCUCAUCGGACAAUAAGUCGCUCAAAGUGCCGGCCACCGAGGUGCUGCUGGCCGGCGUUCGCGGAGCUGCACUUUCGGGAGAUGAAGAAGCUCCCGCGUUGGAGACGGAACGCGUCGAGCUCGGCGGUCAAUGCAAUUUGCCGCCUUUCCAGAUUUGCAGCAACAACGUGCUGGACCAGUUGACGGAGAUUCGGCCGAACAGCAUCGCCGCCCUGGAGCCGAUCACCGAUUGGCCCGACGCGAAGAAGACGCGCUUCGGGCUCGGCUUCAUCGACGUCAUCAAGGACGUGUGCGUCUCCUACGGUCUCGACAUGAAUGCCAAGCUAACACCAUCUCAACAAUCGGCCGUUUCUGAUGUGCUCAAGCCGUCGCAAGCCGCCGUCUACACGAUGCACCUCCAUUCCGGCGCAACGAUGAAAGAUCUGGCCCAUACGCGCGGGCUGAGCGAGGGUACGGUAGCCACCUACCUGUCCGAGGCGCUACGUGAAGGCCUACCCGUCCACCAAAAGCCGCUUGGGCUCACCGAAGAGAGACGGACAGCCCUUCUUGCUGCAAUUGACGACAAUGGAAGAGAUAUCUUCCGGAUGAAGCCGUUGUUUGAAAAGCUGCCCGAGGGCACGAUGGACUACAACGUUCUGAAGAUGCUGCUUCGAAUUCUCGAAUUCGAGUUUGGCACGCAGAAUGACGGUGAAGAGCCACCGACGUCAGGAGUAGCUUCUGGAGAGACUUCCGAGCCCGCUGUCCCGGCCUGGAUGACGGCGCUAUCCUCACAGCCCCCGGUCAAGAAAUCGAAACAA